GGUGAGUGGUUGGACGGCUUCCUUCCGUGUCACAGCCUAUUUAAACUUCACAGCCAGAGGUAGAUCAUAUCUCUAAAUCCCAUCUUUCAAUCCAUACCAGCUCUCUGAUUUACCACCGAGGAAGAUGGCAAAGCUUACUGUGUGUGUCUUUGCACUGCUGCUGCUCAUAGCUCUCAGCGAAACCAGUUUCCAGGGACCUUGUUGCACAAAAAAUUUUAACAAUCCAAUAAGAUUACAGAACCUGAAAGCCUAUUGGAUGCAAUUCGACACAGGCAACUGCAACAUCAAUUCAACAAUUUUCCUCACUGUGAAAAACAAACUUGUCUGUGCCAAUCCUGAUAUGCCAUGGGUCCGCAGAGCCAUCGAGUAUCUGAACAAACGAAGCUGAACACCUUCACUUCUAUGACGGUUCUUCUGAGAAAAUAUGCUUUAACAUAUUACUAUAACCAUCGCACAUAUAUAUGUUUUUAACUGCAUUUAUAUAACUAUAUAUUUCUUUUCCCUUUUGUACUCACUUAUUUUCAAUAAAUCUGAUAUUUUCCUAAA